UCUGGUGUUGUCGGACGUCGGAGUUUUACUAUACCAAACAUACAUACAGUGAGUGAGUGAUUGUCGUUCGCUACAACGCAAACAAUGGCAAGGGGAAACAACAUACAUAUACAGUGGCAGGAAGGUGAUAGAGAGAGAUGCAGCUGGUGAGGUGCAAGUAUAUAUUAGUUAUUAAGCAGAGCAUCUGGUGGUGGUGGCGGAGUCACUCUUUUCAUUCAUUCAAAUGGUUUCCCGUACUUUCUCUUUCGUCGGACUUCGACCUUUGUAUUACAAUAUGGAAUUUCAUCAUACACUGCUCCGUACUGUUCCUUCCAUUUCUGAAUCACCGUGCCACACGUCCUUCCACGUGUACUGACAGCAUCACGGACACUCAACAACAGCAAACACAACAGCACACACGACUAGAAACUCCAAGGUGAGAGAGAGAAAAAGUAAGGGGUUGUGGUAUUAUAGAACGAAAAAAGAAGGAAGCCCAUUCGCUCCCAUAUAUGCUA